AUGGAGACCAGGGAGGACAAAUCCCCACAGCAGAACCUUGUGGAAGAGAAGCCCUACAAGUGCCUGGAGUGUGGGAAGAGCUUCAGGCAGAGCAGCGACCUGAUCUGCCACCAGAUGAUUCACACAGGGGAAUGGCCCUAUGACGGGGAGAAGCCCUACGAGUGUCCCGAGUGUCAGAAGAGGUUUCACCUCAGGUCCCUACUCCUCCAGCACCAGCAGAUUCACACGGAUGAGAGGCCCUUCCACUGCCCUGACUGCGGGAAGGGCUUCAAGCAAAACUCCCACCUCGUCAGGCACCGGAGCAUCCAUGCUGGGGAGAGGCCCUGUGACUGCCCCACAUGUGGGAAGAGGUUUCAGAGCAGCUGCCAUCUCCACCUGCACCAGCAGAUUCACACAGAUGAGAGGCCCUUCCACUGCCCCGACUGUGGGAAGGGCUUCAAGCAAAACUACAACCUCGUCAGGCACCGGCGCAUCCACACCUAG